GUCAUAUUAAAAAAAAAAAGGGUAGAAACGUCAAAGAAAAAUCCAGCGUCAACGUCGGCGUCUCACAAACAAUAAUUAAGAAGGCAGUUUCACACGAACCCUCUCCCAAUCUAUCCAUCGCCAUUACUAAACCCCUAACCUCACCUUCUUCUUCAGUUGACCUCUCUCUCUGAUCUCUCUCUAAACCCGACCCGAAUCAUGAGCUCCAACAACCCGGAUCUGGAUUCCGUUGGCGCACCCGGAGACUUCUCCGGCCCGCGGAGCUACGCACUGAGCGGCAAAAUCAUGCUCUCCGCCAUCGUCAUCCUCUUCUUCGUCGUCAUCCUCAUGGUCUGUCUCCACCUCUACGCACGUUGGUACCUCCUCCGCGCUCGCCGCCGCUAUCUGCGCCGCCGACGCCGCAAUCGCCAUCCCACCACCGUCUUCUUUGUUGACCCCUCGGCCUCCGCCGCCUCCGGAGCUGCUGGGCUUGACCCAACUGUCAUAAAGUCUCUCCCCGUCUUCAGCUUCUCCGCCGCGACCCAUCCCGACCCAAUCGAGUGCGCUGUCUGCUUGUGUGAGUUCGAGGAGGACGAGGCGGGUCGGGUCUUACCCAACUGCAAACACACCUUCCACGUCGAGUGCAUCGAUAUGUGGUUCCACUCUCAUUCCACGUGUCCUCUCUGCCGGUCCCUGGUCGAACCCGUUCCCGGCGAGCAAAUUCAGGCGGCGGAGGAGGUUGCGAUCGUGAUUCCCGAAGACCCGGCUCCGAGCUCGGAGUUGUGCGACACGUGUCGGGUCGAUUCCGAUGGAGCGGGUACUUCGAUGCCGGAAGAACGCCGGAUAAAGCCGCCGGCGAUCGAUGUGCCAAGGAGGAAUCCCUGCGAGUUGGAGAACGAGGCGACUCGGAGCGACUCACCGGUGAAUCAGUCGUUCAGGUCGCCGAUGAGCCGGAUGCUUUCGUUCAAGCGGAUUCUGAGCAGAGACUGGAGAACGGCAUCUUCUCCAUCCGGCGGAUCUCCGUCGCCAUCGGCGUACGGAUGCGGAACAUCGGUGACCGAGUCAGACGUCGAACAAGGGAGAGAGGAGGGUCGCUGAGUUACGGCAGCCACGUGGGGUUAUUUUAUUGGUUGAUAGAAUUAGCAUUAAAAACGCAAAGUAAAACAUUCUUUGGGUUAAUCCCAAAUCCGGCUGAGAUUGGUUUCAGCGCCCGUUGACACGUGGCGAGAUCUGAACAAUCGAUACAGUCAAACAUUAGAUCUUGUACAUAUGCCAUGGAAUCAUUAUUUUGAUUUGUUCCC